GUUUCCUGUGCUACAAGGAAACGGUGCAAAAACCAUGAAGCCGGAAGGAGGAUAAGAAGAGGAGGAAGAGCUUGUCCGUGCAGUCAUCCGUCCAUCGAUGGCAGUGAUGUUUCACACGCGUGUGCGAAUCCCUUUUUCCCAAGCCGCAGAUUUGCAGGCGAUUUCUUGCGCCGUGCACUUCUGCACUCUGCACUCUGCACUCUGCACUGCACCGCUCUCCCAAAGCCGGAAGGCUCGGCCUACUGCAACACACAACCGCCCGCACCGAGCCACUGCGUGCACGACCGUCGUCGUCAGUCACAUGAGGCUGGCUCUGAGAGGAGAGGCCUCGCACCACCACGGGCCACGGCUCCGUCACUUCUCCCCGACCUCCUCUCUUCGUGCUCUCUUGUCAGCCUCCACACACACACGCAUACACACCAGCCCCCCGUCUCUCCUGUCCCCUCGCCGAGGCGCCAUUGCCUUCUCCAGGUCGCCUUUGAGCAGUUCCCCGGCCGGCCUCUUACAAAGCCAGCCAGACAAUGCCGUGCCAUUAUGCAUGCACGACACAACACUAGCUGCCUAGGCCCUCCACUCAGGCAGGCUUCUUGCUUCACUCACUCACUCACUCGUCACUCAUUCACCCACUUCCAGUGAGCCUCCCGCUGCGUUCGUUCUCCAUGGGAAGCGGCACAAAGCAGCUGGUGGCGAGCCUGCUGGGAGCGGUGGGUGGAGGCCAGAGGGGCGCCAAGAAGGAGGGCACGCAGCCGCAGACAGUGGAGCUCAGGGUCCGGAUGGACUGCGAGCGCCAGGUCAAGAAGGCACUCGCCGGCAUGCGAGGUGUGGAACGCGUAGAGGUGAACAGGAAGCAGCAGAGGGUGACUGUCACUGGCACCGUGGACCCCCACAAGGUCCUGCGGAGGGCCCAGUCCACAGCCAAGAAAGCUGAGCUGUGGCCCCGGAAUCAUCAUCAUCCUAGCUUUUUUUUUGAGACAAUCAUCAUCCUAGCUACGACGACCACAGCGCCGCCGUCACGGCCCACUACGGCGCCGUUGGAGCGGCCCAGGCCCGUGACAGGUGGGCCCCGUCACCCUACCGCAGGAACGCGGACUCAGCCGGCGCCGAGCAGAUCGCCAGCCUCUUCAGCGACGAGAACCUUUUUUUUGCGGUUUUUUUUUUGUGCUUUAGCUAGAUAGCCGUAGGAGUAGAAGCUCACUCGGUUCGCUCUUGCCAAUUUACCUUGCCAAGCCUCACAAAACUUGCCGUUUUCGGCAGCUCCCGGGCCUGCCAAACGUUGUUGGCGUGCCAAAAUUUUUGGCUACCAACCAACGAAGCAUGGCCUUGGUAAGAAAGAUCUCCGGUUGGUCUCGUGUCAUGUCGUCACUGCAUCUCUUGCUAGAUU